UCAUCUCUACGCAGAAUUUAUAUUGUUUACGUUUUUUAUUUUGCAAUGGGUGGAAAAAGUUACUACUGCGAUUAUUGUUGCUGCUUCAUGAAAAAUGACUUAAACGUACGAAAACUUCACAAUAAUGGCAUAGCACACACAGUUGCACGGACCAAUUAUAUGCGGAGAUUCGAUGAUCCUAAAAAAAUUAUGGAAUCAGAGCGUUUGAAAAAGCCGUGUAAACGGUAUUUAAGUGGAUACUGCAAGUUUGAGUUGUAUUGCAACUAUUGUCAUUAUAGUGAGAAAGAAUUAAUGGAGUUGCAAAAAAUAGUAAUUAAUCAAAAGAAGUCAGCUAUUCGAAAAAAGAAAAAAAAAGCUAAGAAAUGGCCCUGGAAAUCACAUCCUCAGACAGGAUUACUACCUCCAUCGCUGCAACCAAUGAAUUUUUCCAAGCUCAAAGAAACCAAUUUUGAAUUAGCCUGGGGUUAAUUCCACUGAAAAAUUCAGAAUAUGUAUUUACAAUUAAAUUAAUUGAUAAAAAACGAACAAUUAAUGUCA